AAAGGCAAAAACAAUGAAUUGAUGAGAGAGUGGUCGGAAAGUCGAUAUCUUUCUUACAAAAUCUUUCAGUAAACACAAGCUUUUAGAGAGAAAAUAUCAAAACGCCAUGAAUCCGACAUAGCCAAGCUUCUCUUUCUUCUGUCCAAGAAAAAAAAUCCUUCCUUUCUGCUAGAUAAAUGAACCCUCAAGUUAAUAAUGACAGGAAGGACUUUCCGGUAGAUCCCACGGCAAGGCACGAUUCAGCUGGAGGAGGAAGGAAUGGUGGUGGAGGUGCGAGGUAUAAGCUGAUGUCACCGGCUAAGCUUCCGAUCUCGAGGUCUACCGACAACAUAACGAUUCCUCCUGGGUUGAGUCCCACUUCCUUUUUGGAAUCUCCCGUUUUCAUCUCCAACAUCAAGCCUGAACCUUCCCCUACUACUGGUUCUUUGUUCAAGCCACGACCAGUACACGUUAGCUCAAUCUCUUAUACAGGAAGGCCAUUCCAUCAGGACAGCACCUUCCCCGAGCAAAAGUCUACUGAAUUUGAGUUCAGACCUCCUGCAUCCACUAUGGUUUAUGCAGAGCUUGACAAGCAUAAAAUUGAGCCAGCAUUCCAGGGCUAUGGAUCCUCCUCACACUCACCUUCUUCGUUCAGUGAGGCUGCAGUUACCUCAAGUGAGCUAAGCCGGCCAACUCCUCCUAGUCAGACUACAGGAACGAGCUCAGAUAUUCCUGUAGGAUCUGAGCAAGACGAGUCAGUCCAGAAUGACCCCAGGGGAAGCACGCCAUCAGUUUUGGCAGAUGAUGGUUACAACUGGAGAAAGUAUGGUCAAAAGCAUGUCAAAGGGAGUGAGUUCCCCCGGAGCUAUUAUAAAUGUACACAUCCUAACUGUGAAGUGAAAAAAUUAUUUGAAAGGUCUUAUGAUGGCCAGAUCACAGAUAUCAUUUACAAGGGUACACAUGACCAUCCUAAACCUCAACCCGGUCGACGAAACUCUGGUGGUUUUGGUGUGCCUGCAGCACAAGAAGAAAGAGUAGAGAAGGUAUCUGGCGUCUAUAACUUGUCACAAGCCAUUGAGCAAACUGGUAACCCUGAAGUACCGCCUACAACUGACGAUGGUGGAGAUGCUGCAGUGUCAAACAAGAAUAAAGAUGACCAGGAUGAAGAUGAUCCAUAUACAAAACGGAGGAGGUUGGAUGGGACCAUGGAAAUAACUCCACUUGUGAAACCUAUCCGGGAGCCUCGUGUUGUUGUUCAAACUCUGAGUGAGGUUGACAUACUUGAUGAUGGUUACAGGUGGCGUAAGUAUGGGCAGAAGGUCGUUAGGGGAAACCCAAAUCCCAGGAGCUAUUACAAGUGCACAGCUCCUGGAUGCCCAGUGAGGAAACACGUGGAGAGGGCAUCGCAUGAUCCAAAAGCUGUAAUAACAACAUACGAAGGCAAACACAAUCACGAUGUCCCCACUUCGAAGUCUAGCAGCAAUCAUGACAACCAGCCUCGGUUCAGACCAGGUGAAACAGACUCCAUCAGCCUCAAUCUUGGUGUUGGAAUCUCGUCUGAUGGACCUGACCACGCUUCCAACGAGCGUCAGCAACAGAAUCAACAACAACUAAUCAACCAAACUCACCCAAAUGGAGUGGGUUUCAGGUUUGUUCAUGCUGCUCCCGUGUCAUCCUACUAUGCUAGCUUAAGCAGCGGUGUCCAUCAGUAUGCCCCGAGAGAAACUCAGAACGAGACUCAAAACGGGGACAUCUCGUCCUUGAACCAUUCUUCUUACCCGUAUCCGCAUAACAUAGGGAGAAUACAGUCUGGUCCUUAGAAGACAAAAGGAAGCGAAAGUAAUGGAUUGUUCUUAGGUUAGGAAUGGAAUGAGACCUUGUUCUAUAUGAUUCUUCUCUCUCUCUCUCUCUCUCUAAUGCAGAGCGAGAGCUGAUCUUGAUUUGAAAAUAUUAUAACCACCAUAUAUAUAUAUUUGUAUGUGACACCUGUUUUGAGUUCCAAGAAUGUGUUGUAAAAAUGCUGUUCUUUUUUAAACAAGAAACAUCAAUAUGUUACUGCAAA